UGGUGCAUUAUGUCUCGUGCCAGCUCAGCUUUUUGCAUUUUGUGUAUCUUGUUGCUAGGACUCCAAACCCUGACCCACGCUGCAGUAUUUGACUGCUGCUAUGCCUACACCAAAAAGCCAUUGUCACGAAAAGUUGUCAAAGGACACAUGAUCCAGAACUCACACGAGGUGUGCGACAUUGAUGCUGUCAUAUUGAUCACAAAGAAAUUCAGAGUGUGUGCAAAUCCUAGAGAGGCAUGGGUCAACAAACUCGUGUCAGCACUUAAGCGGAAAACCACAAUGAGAGAAGAGCAACCAAAGAAAAACAGUAAUGUUCUUGCCAACCAAGCUUAAUAAGUGAACACGUUCAUUUUUAUGUGUACGAUAAGCUACAGAAUCCUACUUUUUUUCUAUUCUGCUUACAUUGUA